GCGACUACUCGGCUAGGGACGACUGGGAGAAGGAUUAUCCGUGAUACCAUGAUGGAGGAGGUCGUUGCAAGUUCCGUACCCCAGGCAGAGCUCGAUGCCGAGGAACCAGAGAAAAUCUAUGGGAAGCCUAGGGAAGAGGAGCCUACAUACAAAGUUACCGCUGCGAAAGAGAAGUUUAGGUAUCAAAUUUCGAUCUUAACCAUGCCUGAGAUCGAUGACACCCUUAACAAAUUACUAGGCACCAUGGUGUCGGUGUCGUUUUGGACCAUGCGGCAGGUCGGCCCUAGGCUGCUCAAAGGGCUUAGACAACUGUUGACUCGGCGGCGAGUAGAGAUAGACGAAAACCCCGAAUCACCGGAAGAGGAAAGGGAGGAGGAAGCUCCGCAAGAAGUCGCUAACCUUCAAAGGAGUCGCGGGGAUUUGGAGGAUCUCGAGAAAGCCUUUGUGGACAUCCGCUUGAGCUUGCCAGACCGAGAAGGUGGCGAGUUGAUGAGGGCACCUCCCGGGACAAAGCUCAGCUUCCAUGCGUUACCCGUAGGAAAGUUGAAAAUCCAUAUCGGGACUUAUCAUACCGACGCAUUAGUAGACGGGGGAGCGGAAAUCACUCUCAUAAGGAGAGAAUUCGCAACAAUCACGGGUUGUAAGGUAUCAAAAGACAACUUGAGUGGGUUCGUAGAGGCGGUCGCUCUCAAGAAAAAGACAGGGAGAAGUGUAGCGGAUUUCAUAGAAGACUUCUACUUGAGGCAUCCCUUCAUCAGGAGGUUUAUAGCAGACAAUGGGACAAAAUUUGUGAACCAAGACGUGUUGGGAAUGCUUAAGAGGCUUUUCGUACCGUUCAAGCUCGUCGAGCCAUAUCAUCCGGAGGCCAAUGCACAUAUCGAAAGAGGGCACUGGACCUUAAAGACCACGAUUGCGAAACUCGCAGCGGACAAUAUGGGGAGCUGGCCUAAGUACCUUAAGCAGGCUAUCUUCUCAGAGAACAUGACACCUAAGAGGACAACGGGAUGUAUCCCAGCGGAACUUUGGUACGGAAGAGAGAUCGAUUUUGCCGUAGAAGCCUCGAUACCAACUUGAAGUAGGUUACAUGACGAUCCGCAUAUGACAACG